CUGGAUGGCGCUGAAUUUGCGCCCAAAUACCCAAACGCAUCCUAGAAGCUUGGACAUCGUGACAUUACACACCGACCUUUCGAGGAAACUGUCCCCUGCUACAAACCGUAUAAAGCUCGACGCUCACCUUCAUCAAACCAGUUCUCAAUCGCACUUACUUCAAGUCACAGACUCUCAGCUCGUCUCAUCACGUCUAGCAAUCUGAUAUUUCAGUUUCCGGCAUUUACAAGACCUGUAACGUCAAUUUCAAGACUAAUCAGGUGUUUGACUUGCAAGGCGGAGGUGUCAA